ACAUCCGCGUGAGCCACACAGCCCGCUAGAUUUGGAUUUUUUUGACAGCUAGAGGUAGCAAAAUGCAAGGUAUUCAAUGAGACAGCUUUGUUAGAUUGCUAUAACUUCACAAAAGGAAAGAUUAAUUACCAAAUAUCAAGUCAACCGACGCAUAACUAGCAAACCAUUUCUGUCUUUGAAAUGGAGGGUGACAGGAUGGAAGUUGGCAACCACAAACAAAACCCCAACAACCUCGUCAACGUCCAUGUAGAAGUUCAUGUCAAAUCUCAAAGCACUGCAAAGCAAUCUGACGUUAGGACACACGUUAUGGCUUUGCUGAACCGCCAUUCCAUGGUUUUUGGUAAUUACAAAUGGUCAGAGUUUGAUGAAGACUUCCUCAGCAAACAUGUGGCAUCGGUGGCCAUAGUGGAUUCAGAGAGACAGCCUAUGGACCUAAAGAACUGCAAUCUGUCCAUUUACAUCUUCACUCUUAAUGAUGACGGACCAAGCAUGCUCAGCUUGGAGGAAGAGGAGGAACUAUCCGCAGCCAAUCACUGGCUCCUUCCAACAGCUGAAUUUCAUGGAAUUUGGGAGAGUCUGGUCUAUGAAAAUGGUGUAAAAAAACAGCUCUUGGACUAUGUCUCAACAACACUCUUCUUCUCAGACAAAAAUGUAGACAGCAACUUAAUAGCAUGGAACCGUGUCGUGCUGCUUCAUGGACCCCCAGGCACAGGAAAGACGUCUCUAUGUAAAGCCCUUUCCCAGAAACUGUCAAUCAGACUGUCAAACAGGUACUCCUAUGGGCAGUUUGUGGAGAUCAACAGUCACAGUUUGUUCUCCAAGUGGUUCUCAGAGAGUGGGAAACUGGUGACUAAGAUGUUCCAGAAGAUUCAGCAGCUGAUUGAUGACAAAGAAGCUCUUGUGUUUGUCCUGAUUGAUGAGGUGGAAAGUUUGACGGCAGCAAGGACUGCCUCCCAAGCAGGAACUGAACCCUCAGAUGCCAUCCGAGUGGUCAACUCCGUCCUCACACAACUGGACCAGAUAAAACGACAUCCAAAUGUGGUGAUCCUAACCACCUCUAAUGUGACUGAGAAGAUAGACCUGGCGUUUGUGGACCGAGCAGACAUCAAGCAGUACAUCGGCCCCCCGUCUGAGCAGGGCAUCUACAACAUCUAUCUCUCCUGCCUGGAGGAGCUCAUGAAGUGUCAGAUUGUGUACCCCCGGCAACAACUGUUCACCGUGUUUGAGCUGGAGACCAUGGGUUUCGCAGAGAGUGAGGUGUCUGUGCACAGUCUGGUUCUUUGGAGACUUGCGCUGAAGAGCAAAGGCUUGAGUGGACGAGUUCUGAGGAAACUGCCGUUUUUGGCCCAUGCACUUUUUGUUAAGACCCCUAUAGUGACUCUGGAGGGUUUCCUGGAGGCCAUGGACCAAGCAGUAGAUAAACAGAUUGAGGAAAAGAAAGAUAUGGUGAACUGUGUGUGAUUUGGAAUGAGCUACUCAGGUCUUCCACUGCUCAUUGGUUGAAUGGAUGUGGUGCCUAAAGACUGUGCAAAUGUAAUAAAGCUACAAUAUGUUUGUACCUCUAGGAACGCUUUUAUUUCUCUAACUUCCAAGUUUGAUAAAAUAUACAUAAGAUUGCAGUAUUUUUACAUGCCGUGUGCUGUAUUGUUAAUAAUCAUAAUUAAAUGUUUACAACCCACAUAGUCAUAUAUCAGUUUACCUUUUUCUUGGUGUAGUGGUGCCUUAUAAUAUCUGUUAUUUAAUGUCCAUCAGAAGCUGUGUCAAAAUGUUUAGGAUCUCAUGGAUCUAUUGAUGAGAGAGUAAGUUUCUGUUAAUUAAAUUUGAGUAAGUUGAUUUCUUUGUGGUUGGUUGACAACAAAGGGUAAAUGCUUCUAGGAUUUUGAAUUAUCGCCAUGUUCUAAAUAGCUUAGAGAUAUGUUUUGAUUCAAGUUAACUUGUUUUGUUUCUAUAUUCUCAAGAAUGUGCCAUUAUCUGUAGAGGUAAAGCCCAUCAAAUGAUCUUGGCACUGCUGUUCAUGAUUCAUGUUCAUGACGUUUUUAUGUGUUUAAAAAUGUACUUUAUUAAACUCCCUUGGACUCAGUGUGCUUUGAGAGCACCUGUUAAAAGGUGCCCUUUGGGGUAUGACCACAUGGUGGUGCAUUGAUGCAAGCAAUAGUCCUUUUGUUCUGUGUUCAGGUACUGUAUACAGAUUAAAUACUGUAUAUAGAUUAAAUACUAUCACAAACAUUUCAAUUGAUGUAUAUCAGUGACAGUAUUAGAAGUAUAAGUGCAUUUUCAAUCAGUAGUCUAAAUUAUAUAUAGAAGCUCCAACUGAAUUUGCAAUCAGCCUGCUGUUGAUCAAUGUCUUUAUGAUUUACUUUGAAACAUUUACUUUCACAUCAACAACCUAGUUGAUAUACACAAUAUCUUAUUAUUGGGGACAAACUACCAAAUACAGUCUAGACAGUCACAUUUUAAGAGUCAAGUCCAUGUGUAGUCCCAGUUCCUCUGCAUGUUUUGCAUUCUGCGAAUGCUGUUUUGCAUGUUACAGCUGCAGAGCUGUAACAAUGAGGGCUUUGUUUGUUACUGGCCAACAGUCAAACUUACUUUAAAGAUGGAUUCUGGAACAGUUUAAGUGGUUACAGGUAACUUGCUUUUGUAAAAGCCUCUCAUCUGUUAUGCUUUCUUUCAAAGGUCAAAUUAUUACAAUGAUAUACCUUGAGGCACCAACCACAGGUUACAGCACACUGCUCUGAGAAUAUCUUAUUUUGCCAUUUCACCAGCUCAUGAUGACUAAGACGGUGUUUGGCAAAAGGCCGUAAUUCGCUUUGACAGUUUUUCUUUUUGCACCUGUCUUAUGCUUGCUUGUUUUGUUUAACCCAAAGCUUGGAUAAUUAUAAUCCAUGGGCCUCAUUUGUCACUGCAUUCCUUAAUGUCAGAUUUAUAAUUGCGUUUUAAAUAAAACCUGAUAACCACUGGUG